UAUCACUGUGAUACCUGUGGUAAAUUAUUUUCUUAUAAAAGUGCUCUAACUACUCAUAAACGUAUUCAUACAGGAGAGACACCAUUUCACUGUGAAAUCUGUGGUAAAUCAUUCUCUCAAAGUGGCCACUUAGCUAAACAUAAACGUUUCCAUACAGGAGAGAAGCCAUAUCCCUGUGAUGUCUGUAACAAAUCUUUCUCUAGCAGUAGUAACCUAACUACUCAUAUACGUAUUCAUACAGGAGAAACACCAUAUUCUUGUGAUAUCUGUGGUAAAUCAUUCUCUCACAUAAAUUAUUUGACUUUACACAAAAGUAUUCAUACAGGAGAGACACAAUUUCACUGUGAAAUCUGUGGUAAAUCAUUCUCUCAAAGUGGCCACUUGGCUAAACAUAAACGUUUCCAUACAGGAGAGACACCAUAUCAUUGUGAUAUCUGUGGUAAAUCUUUCUCUCAAAGUAGCAAUUUAGUUGCUCAUAAACGCUUCCAUACUGGAGAGAGGCCAUAUCAUUGUGAUAUCUGUGGUAAAAUGUUUUCUGCAAGUAUUUCCUUGAUUGUACACAAACGUAUUCAUACAGGAGAGAAGCCAUAUCAAUGUGACAUCUGUAACAAAUCUUUCUCUGCCAGUAGUAACCUAAUUGCCCAUAAACGUAUUCAUACAGGAGAGUCACCAUUUCACUGUGAAAUCUGUGGUAAAUUAUUUUCUCAUAAAAGUGCUCUAACUAUUCAUAACGUAUUCAUACGGAGACGACACAUUUCACUGUGAAAUCUGUGGUAAAUCUUUCUCUCAAG